AGCAACCCACUCUUGUCGCUGUUUUUUCUCCCCCUUUCUUUCUUUCACCAUCUUCCACUUUCAUCAAGCUCUGAUACUUAAGGUGUGAUUCCCUGACAUUUCUCUCUCAUCUCAAUUUCCCACUGACCUAAAUCUCGACAGAAAUCGAUCACACAAAAGUUCAUACUUUCUUCAAAAAUGUCUGCUCCUACCAUUACUCUGACUAGCUCCGACGGCGUCGAUAUCACCAUUGAGCGUGAUGUCGCUGAGCGUUCCAUCCUGAUCAAGAACAUGCUUGAGGAUCUUGGUGACUCUGGCGAGGCCAUUCCCGUUCCCAAUGUCAACGAGGCUGUUCUGAAGAAGGUCCUGGAGUGGUGCAGCCACCACAAGAGCGACCCCCCAAGCGCCGGCGAUGACGACGACUCCCGCCGAAAGACCACAGACAUUGACGAGUGGGACCAGAAGUUCAUGCAGGUUGACCAGGAGAUGCUGUUCGAAAUUAUUCUGGCCGCAAACUACCUGGAUAUCAAGGCUCUCUUGGACGUUGGCUGCAAGACCGUUGCCAACAUGAUCAAGGGCAAGUCCCCAGAGGAAAUCCGCAAGACUUUCAACAUUCAAAACGACUUCACACCCGAGGAGGAGGACCAGAUUCGCCGUGAGAACGAAUGGGCUGAGGACCGCUAAACCCUUCAUCACCCGUCAAUGUCAUCGUCGCCUACUUCAACCGACAUUUUCGAUUUGACAACAAGAUUUUCUUUUCUUCGGUCCGCGGGUCGUUCAUUAUACGGCGUUAGGCUUUUAUGUAUCUAAGCGGAUUUCCUUUCGUUUUUCUGGCUCUUUUCACUAUCAGUUAAAGGUCUGGAACCGAGUGGCUCAAUUGGACCAACGUGGAGGUGUUUGCUUUUUUACAUCAUGCAAUGUUAAUCAAACGAAUUUGCUGUCUUUACUGCACAUGGUUUUAUUUGGAUACCUGUAUGCUCUCCAAUGUAGUCUAUUCCUGGUGACAUCAGAUCGAGGAUAUUCUUAGGCAGCAUGUCUGAGACCGAGAUCUGAGUCUAAUAAUGUACCCCUCUUCAUUGUUGUCU